CCUUAUCUUAUCCAAUCCAAAUCGUAACCGCUAGUCAGAGCAACGGAAAACGAAACCUCCAUCUUCAUUCUUCAACCUCUCUAGUCUCAUUUUCAAUUAUAAACAACUCGCUUUCAUUUUCAAAUCUUCCACCAUUAUAUUCGGUAAUCUCCAAAACCAUACUAGUCAACACCUCCAAACUCUGACCCUUUUCACACAUUUCUCCAUCGAUGGCUCAAAGUACAGAGAAGGACCUCAUGAACAGAGUGAACAGAAGAAUGGCCUCCAUCUCCAACCAUCUGACUCCGAUCAAUACAAUUCCCAACUCCAUUACUCUGUCGCACACAUCUUCCAUGGACGACAGCUACCACCGGACCCACGGCCAAGUCCCGACUCACCAAGUUGUCUGGGAAGCUGCUGCUGUUGACGAGUCCGGCAAGGAGUUCACUGACAUUAUCUACGAGAAAUCCGUCGGCGAAGGAAUAGCAAAGAUUACGAUUAAUAGGCCGGAGAGAAGGAAUGCGUUCCGGCCGCAGACGAUUAAGGAGCUGAUCCGGGCUUUUAAUGAUGCCAGGGACGAUAGUUCCAUUGGCGUUAUUGUUCUUACUGGGAAGGGAACCAAGGCAUUUUGUAGCGGUGGUGAUCAGGCUUUGAGAAGCACGGAUGGUUAUUCUGAUUUUGAAAAUUUUGGUCGUCUUAAUGUUUUAGACCUUCAGGUUCAGAUUCGUCGUCUUCCAAAGCCAGUAAUUGCCAUGGUGGCUGGUUAUGCUGUUGGGGGAGGGCAUGUGUUGCACAUGGUAUGUGAUCUAACCAUUGCAGCAGACAAUGCUAUUUUUGGUCAAACUGGCCCUAAGGUUGGAAGCUUUGAUGCUGGUUAUGGGAGUUCGAUCAUGUCCCGCUUGGUUGGGCCUAAAAAAGCACGUGAAAUGUGGUUUCUAGCAAGGUUUUACACAGCUGCUGAAGCAGAGAAAAUGGGACUUGUUAACACUGUUGUACCGCUUGAGAAUUUAGAGCAAGAAACGGUUAAAUGGUGUCGAGAAAUCCUAAGAAACAGCCCAACUGCAAUUCGGGUGUUGAAAUCAUCUCUUAAUGCAGUUGAUGAUGGUCAUGCUGGACUCCAGGAACUUGGUGGAAAUGCAACACUCAUAUUCUAUGGCACUGAGGAAGGAAAUGAAGGGAAGACAGCAUAUAUGCAACGUCGACGUCCAGAUUUCACAAAGUUUCCCAGGCGACCUUAAUAUUGAACCAUCCCCAAUGUAAUAUAGCUUGCCAUUGUUUGUUUUCUCUUGUUGGAUGACUGAUUUGGUUCUGGGGUUGGUGGACUGGAGAUCUAGAUUGAAAUAAUUACACAUACGGUUGAUUUCACCUUGUAAGGUAUUUUUUCAAAAUAAUUGAUCCUUUCACUCAA